AUGGAUUAUUUUUCUCAACAAUCAUCCACUUCACAACUUCCAUGUAUUCAAUGUGCAGGUUUAUCAUUUAGCAAAGAUGAAUUUGGGUUUUUAGAAUGCGAUAUUUGCCACACACGUGUUGAGGGUUAUUUCACCCAAGAAGUCGAGCAAUUUGAAAGUGGUGGUGGAUAUAAAGCAGGUUCAUAUAAAAGAGUUAUGACCCAAGAGUUAUUGGAUGCUAUGAAUAGGAAAAAAUAUUCACAAAAAAACAACAGAUACUAUAUAUUACAAAAUUUAUUAAAGAUUCAAGUUACAGCUUUAAUCAAGGAUCAAGGUUAUAAUGAAAAGCUAUAUCAGGUAUCUGGAGAAUUAUGGUUCAAGUUAUUAGAUAAGUUUACUAGUAUUUCAAAUGAAAGCGAUGGCGAAAUUCCAUUUGGUAUUAUUAAUUAUCCCCCACCUUACUUAACAUUGGCUAUAUGUUACUUGUCAUGUGUGUAUCUCAAGGAACCAAUUAUAAUGGGCGAUAUAUUGGCAUUGGCACAGAGUGGAAAGAUACCAACAUUUACAAAUGAAACUACAUGGAGAUUCUCUUGGUCCAAUUCAAUGUCUAUUUUUUCAAAUUUUGAAAAGAUAUGUAUAGAUUUAUCAAAGUAUUUAAACUUUUUACCAAGUGUUAAUGUUCCUUUAAUUCUAUUACGAUUUUGUAACGAAUUAAGAUUACCAAAAUUUAUUUUAAAUUUAUCAAAUCAAUUGUAUAAUAUUAUAUCAGUUCCAUUUAAAGUUUAUCAAAAGAGAAAACCAUCUUCACAUUUAAAUCAUGUUUAUGAAAAGAUAUUGUUACCAACAAAUUCAGAUUUAUUAUGUGCAUCGAUCAUUAUGAUUGUAUUAAAGAGUAAAUUAAACUUGUUUGAUAAUCAAUAUAAUAUGGAGUCAGAUGAUGGCAGUGGAUUACAUUCAAAUGUACAUAGUUUAAAGGAUAUAGAGUUUUUAGAAACAUUAUUAAAGAAAAAGAAUAGCAGAUAUUUUAAGAGUAACCAAGAUUAUCAAAACAAUAGUGAGAGUCUAGAGGAAAAUGAUAGCGAUUCGGAAACUGAAAAUGAAGUUGAGGAAAAUCAAAAAAGAAAGUAUAUUAAGCAGGACUUGGAAAAGAUUGAAAUCGAAAACUGGUUAUAUGAUGUUAUGUUUAAUUUACCAAAGAAUCAAUUUAUUUCAAAACAAGAUACCUGGAGUUUAAAUAUUGAAGAUUUUAAAGGACAUCCAAAAUCAAAACCAACCAGCCUAAAAAGAUUAAUCACUGAUCAAAUCCACGAGAAAUACGAUGGUCUUUCAGAAAGAUACCAAAAGAAAACAAUGAUAAUCAAAAAAUCAAUCAAUAGUCUAAAUUUAAAUAACUCUAAUCAAACUUCAAAUUUAAAUUUAUUAAAUAAUCGUUACCAAUCAGACACAUUAAAAAGAAAAAAAGUUAAAAAAACAGUAAUAAUACCAAAGGUUAAAUUAUCAAAACCAGUUCCAACAGCCCAAAAUAUCAAUAUAGAAAUUUUAAAUAAUAAUAGUACUACAACAACAAGCAGCAGUAAUAAAAAUGUAAAUAUAAAAAAUAGUAAUGCAAAUGGACUUGACUAUUAUUAUUGGUUGAUUUCAAUUUUACAAAAAAUAAUUUUCAGACAACAUAAAGACAUUAGUUUAUUUUUAAACAAGAUAGAGCAAAUUUAUAUUAAUCAAGUCGAAAAUCUAUCAACUUCAUUAUCAUCAAAAGAUAAAAAAGGUGGUAGCAGCGCCUCAAGCGAUGAAGAUUACAAUGUACAAUACUUAAAAUUAAACCCAAAUAUAAAUAUAGAUAACCUAUUUAAUAAAAAAAGAAAAGUCGAUUGA